AUGGGCAGCGAUAACUCGUCCACCUACGAAAUGGGCAACUCGGCGGCCGUCAAGACCAGCAACGCUCAAGUCGCCGUUGAAGUCGAGCCCAAUUCCUCGUCUCGAUCAACCAGCACAUACGGCGAUAAUGAUCACUUGGCCCGACUGGGAAAGAAGCCAGUCCUCAAGCGCAACUUUGGUUUCAUGUCCAUUCUCGGUUUUAGCUGCACCAUCCUCAUCACCUGGGAAGCUGUCACCGUCCUCUUCGCCCAAGGCCUCAACAAUGGCGGCACGGCCGGCGUCAUCUACAGCUUCCUCAUCGUCUGGAUCGGUAACUUCAGCGUCUUCUCCACAAUGUGCGAGCUGGUCUCGAUGGCGCCCACGGCCGGAGCGCAGUAUCAUUGGGUUGCAAUGUUGGCGCCGCGAUCCUGUGCCAAGUUCCUCAGCUACCUAACUGGAAUGUUGACUGUUGGCGGUUGGCAGGGCUCGGUUGCUUCGAGCGCGCUGCUGACCGGCAACAUGAUCUUGGGUCUCACCUCUCUGAAUGAUGAUGGCUUCCAGCCCAAGCUGUGGCAGGGAACACUGCUGUUCUGGGCCGUGUUCAUCUUUGCCGUGUUCAUCAACACUCUUGCCAGCUCGGCGCUGCCCAAGUUUGAGGGUCUCAUCCUGAUCCUUCACGUCUUGGGCUUCUUUGCCAUCUUGAUUCCCCUAGUCACUCUGGGCCCUCAUGGAGAUGCCAAGGAAAUCUUCACGACUUUUAUCAACAACGGUGCCUGGCCAUCUCAGGGAUUGUCCUUCAUGGUUGGAAUGAUGGGCAAUGUCUUUGCCUUUGUUGGUACCGACGCCGCGUUUCACAUGUCGGAAGAGACCGUCAACCCAUCUGUCGUUGUCCCCACCUCCAUCCUCCUCAGUCUCGUCAUCAACGGCGCCUGCGGCUUUGCCAUGAUCAUUGCCAUGGUCUUUUGCAUGGGCAACUUCGACGAGGCCAUCGCCUCUGGUCCUGGAAUGCUGGGCUUCCCUCACAUGUACAUCUUCAAGCAGGCCACCAACUCCACCGCCGGAGCCACUGUCAUGGCCAGCAUCAUCAUGAUCCUCGGAGCUUGCGCAACUGUAGGUAUGCUGGCUUCGACUUCUCGUGUCUUCUGGUCUUUCGCGCGUGAUCGCGGUCUCCCCUUCUGGCGCGUCCUCUCGACGGUUGAUGAGCGUACUACUGUUCCCGUCUGGGCUGUCGCUGUAACUACAGGCAUCGCAAUCCUUCUGUCCCUCAUCAACAUUGGAUCCCCCGUUGCCUUUCAGAACGUCACCUCCCUCUCCAUCUCCUGCCUUUACGCCUCCUACCUCAUCGCCGCCGUUCUGCUCCUCUAUCGUCGCAUGACGAAGGGCUUCACUAUGCCCUCUGGCUCAGACCUUCCAGCCCUGGCAAACACUGCUGGCGCUGAACUCGUCUGGGGCCCCUUCCACCUCCCUGGCGUCUUUGGCAUUGCCAACAACAUUUUCAGCAUCUGCUAUCUGGUCGUCAUUGGCUUCUUCAGCUUCUGGCCCCCGAUGCUGAACCCCACUGUCGACAUGAUGAACUAUAGCGUUCUUGUCACUGGCUUCGUUGCCAUUUUCAGCGUUGUCUACUACUUUGUCCGAGGACGAAAGGAGUACAACGGUCCCAUCGUGGAGACUUAG